AGUCCUCAUGGAGGCCAGGCAUAAGAAUGGCUUUGGAGUCGUCCAGAACGGCCUGGAAGAACGGCCUGGAGACCCUCCGGCCACCGAGACGGGUCCAGCGGCGGAGGGGGACACAAGGCGGCCGGUGGCCCAGUGGUCAGUGGUGGACGUUUGUGCGUGGCUCGGCCGAGGGCCCCUGGGACCCCCUGACAGUCCCUUGCUGGAGGCUGCCCACCGCCACGCCAUUUCAGGCAAAGCCCUGCUGCGGCUGACGGAGGAGACCCUGGAGCGCAUGGGCAUUGCGCCCAAAACCCUGUGCCAGGCCCUGCUGCGAGAGAUCUGCCACCUCCGUCUCCAGCAAGAAAUGGAAGAGUUGCUGGACAUCAUGGACAAUGAGUGAGCGAGGGAACCCUGCCCAUAAACCAGCACCUCUGCCUGGGCAGCAAGAGAAGGCAAAGGGCCCACCUGGGCUGGACUUCCAAGCCAGAGGCAGCAGUGGUCCAGGGCUGGCAGGCCAAAGGCGCAGAGGCCAGGAGCCAAGCCUUCUGCAGGAAGAGAACUUGGUGUCUCCUGGAAAGAAGACAGCCUUCAUUCUGCUACGCCUCAAAGAUGGGGUCAGUGUGCAACAGCAAGAAACGUCAUCCGUGGAGGGCAUCCAUCGCCUGCAACAACGUGGGGCAAGCGCAGGCUGGUUACCUCUUGGAGAGCAGCCAUGACUCUUUACUCCUCUUUAAACUAACCUGCUGUUUAUUCAUCAUGGCUGUCCUUAAAUACCUGAAGGGAUGCCAUAU